UAAUAGUAAAAAUUAAAUGCUUCGAUGUGGAAUGGCUACUAGAAGUCUGAUAUUCAGUUAUGCGGUUGGUAGACAUACGCAGUUUCUCACUGGUCGCAUUCGCGUUGUUAAUUGGAUGGGAGUUCUGGAAAGCUGUUAGUAUAAAUGAACCUGAUCAAGAUGAAGUAGAGCACGAAAUGAAGCAACUGAGACACUUCGACGAUUACUCGCUUAUAAACGAACACUUGCUAACAACCUAUCCGCAAGAUAUCGAGUUUGCUGCCAUACAAAGAAUACGUAAACAGGUGGUUUCAAGUCAUUGCCAUAAGCGUAAAAAAAGCGAGAUCUUUCCACUUGGUUCCAACUUAAAGAAAGGAAUAAAUUCAAAUGCUUUUCGUAACAUACUGGUGAGUGAUAAACACCAACUUCUUUAUUGCGUCACACCGAAAAUAGCUUGCACGAAUUGGAAACGCGUGCUCCUCAUUUUGGAUGGAUACUUCAAAAAACCCGACGAAAUCGGAUCAUCACUAGCGCAUAACUUUAGUACGGGAUACUUUCGGAAACUGAGUGACUAUUCGCCAGACGAAAUAAACUUACGGCUGACGACUUACUAUAAAUUUCUAUUCGCACGACAUCCAUAUGAGAGAUUAACAUCGGCCUUUAGAAAUAAAUUCAUUGAAGCGAAAUACAAGACGUUUAAAAUAAUAUUCGGUAAAUACAUCAUGCGAAAAUAUCGGGACCCAAAAAAUUUAACUCAAGAUAAACGCUACCACGAAGGAGAGGGAGUGACCUUUCAAGAAUUCGUGAAAUUCAUCAUCGACUCUCCGCUGGAAAACCAAGACUUUUGGAAUGAACAUUGGGAAAGAAUAGAUCGACUCUGUUUACCAUGUUUGAUUCAGUAUGAUUUCGUUGGAAAGUUUGAAUCAAUGAAGCAAGACGCGGACUAUUUGCUACGAACUUUAGAUGUAUCUGAUCAGGUUACGUUUCCAGGAAACCGGCCGUCCAAUGCUGAUGUUUUGAUGAAAGAAUAUUUUAAAAGUGUGUCAAAAGAAAUGAAAGACAAACUGUAUGAUUUGUAUAAGCACGACUUUCUCAUGUUUAACUACAAACGACCGACAUUUGAAGACACGUGACCUUUAGUUAGGCUUUAGAUUUUUUAUGCAAAAAUUGUUUGAUUUGAUAGCAUGUAUAUAUAUGUAUAUAUUUGGUCAAGUCCUUGUGUAAUGUGUAAAUACAAAUAUAUUUUUUA